AUGCCUGUGCCAUACUCGGACAACCUCUAUUCGGCAGAUGAUGACUUGAGUGACGCGGACCACAACCACACUGAGCUCUCUCCUACCGAUGGCUACUUCCACGCGUCCUCGCCGUUUGACGUAGCGUCACCGCCUCAGACGGCCACCGCAGAUUACCAACCGGGGCACCUCAAUGUCCCCAUAGUCCCUAAUGUUAUGGUCGAGGAUCCCACUCUGCGCGAGCAGGACCCGGACGCCAAGGCACGUGAAGCAGCAGAAGAACGCAGAGAUGUACGGAAAGUGGUUACGGGACUUCUUGGAUUUCUCGUUAUACUGGCCAUUCUUCUUGUUAUUUUGAGUGCGGUUGACUCUGGCAAUCAAAAAAGACCUGGUAUAGAUCCCUCUAGGCCCGGUGACGGUAAUAUUAAGCCCCCUAUAGACGACGAUUUGAGAUGGCAGCCAAGCAAGGAGUGUUACAAUAAGCCGUACCGCUUUGUUUCCUUUGGCACCGAGUUUGAAUUCGACCCGAAUCAGAAGCUGGUGAUUAUCCAGAGAUCGGAAGACGUGGAAAAUUAUGGGUCUGACGAUUGGUCGCCCCAUGUGACUGGGGAGGUUGUGAUCAAACCCAUCGAGUUCCCUUACAAGGGCGAGGUGGACAUCGAAGUUCUGACAAACCACCAAGGGCUCCCCAUUUUUGCCGACGCCGAGCGAAACACCGGCAGGGUGGAAAUGGUGACCCCAAGGAAGGUCAAGCGAGAUGGUCUGGACCGUCCACCUUGUAUCCAGAUCCGGAUCACUAUCAGGAUACCGGGCGGCUCGUCUGUCGCAGCAGCAGAUGUUUCCCUUACGCAUCUGGACUUGAACAUCCUCGAGGGACUGAAGCUGAAUGUUGCUGGGGACACGCGGCUCAAGACGAUAGCGGGGAACAUCAGAACGCCCACGACCGAAGAGAAGGAUGAGUUGACAAAGCCAUCGUACCAGCUCAACUCCCGCGAAAUAUACGUCAGCACCAUGAGCGGCAACAUCGAUGGAUCGUACCCCCUAUAUGACAGGCUCAAGGUCGAGAGCGUGUCGGGCGAUGUCUCCAUCAAGGUUGAGCCCAAGCCGAUCGACCCCAAGGACCCCAAGCCGGCCGAGCUAUCAGUCUCAACCAUGUCGGGCAACCUCGUCGUCAAGGAACCGAUCAAGGCGGCCCUCGCAUCCCCUGACUCGAGCAACUUCCCCUCCCGCGACUACUCCGUGGCCGUCGAGACAAAGUCCGGCGACGUCACCGCCGACCUCGCCUUCACCUCGUACGGCCGCUUCUACUCCAUCUCGGGCAACCUCAACGUCGACCUCUGGCCCCUCCUCCACGACGCCCAGCAGUCCACCAUCAUCGGGCCCGAGGUCGCCACGGACACAAAGGGCGGCGACACGACCCUCGACCUCCACGAACCCCACUGGGCCGCCACGGGUUCCGCCGCCAGGCUGCCCGUCUACCCAUCCUCGCCCUCCUGGAUAGGCUACCCGCCCCUCAUCGGCGGACCCUCCUCCGACGAGGAGGAGGGUGACUCCGACCCGGACUCCAAUCAGGCCUCCGGCACCCACAGCGCCCGGCCCCUGACGCUCUACUCCUCGCACAGCUCCGUCUCCGGCGACAUCCACCUGCGCUACCCCUCCGCCUGGGAGGGCUACCUCAAGGCCCAGACCGUGUCGGGGAACCAGCGCUUCCACGGCGAGGGGCUCGAGGUCACCCGCAGGGGGAAGCUCCCCAUGGCCAUCCUCGAGGGCUACAGGGGCCGCGACGGCCACUCCGACCUCCGCGUCGAGAGCAUCUCGGGCAACCAGGAUUUCGUGGUGGGCGAGAACUGA